CGCACUGUGAGAAAAUACCAGCAUAAAAGGCGGAGAAACCGAGUUUUCAAGUGAGCGGUUUCGAAGAGAGAACUGCUCUAAACCUGUUUUGAUAGUAUAACUGAUUAACAUUUUGAUGACUGUCGGUUUUAUACCACGCCGCCUUGCACUUCAGCCGUUCCGGUCAAUUCCCCGUAUUACUUUUGUGCCGCUGCAUUUUGGUCGCUUCGUUUCAAUAAAACAUGUUACCCUGGCUCAGACUUCGCCGUCCUCGCAUUGUAGGACUCAAUGAUGUUAACCCAGAAACGGAGCAAGCACAUGAAAGCUGGGAGACCCCGGAGUCACGCGCGGAGUCGCAGUCCGAAUCCCAAGACCGGAAAGGAGAGGAAGAAUAUUAUCCCAGCAUAAAUGAUGUGCUGUGCGUACGGGAGUUCUUGUUACAUUUUCAACUGAGGAAAGUGUGCCAACAUGAGGGAGAAGAGCGCAAAGGCAAGGGUGAUGUUGCAACCCCAGGCCAUACUGAACGCCUCCCAGUCGAGAUCAUUGAUAUGAUUCUCGAUCACGCGGAGUACUGGCCUUCAGUUGAGACGAAGAUCGAGGGAAAAAGGGUAAUCAGGCAGGACCAAGACGCAGAAAUUUUGAGAACGGGAGGACUGUGCUACGCGUCCUCCAGCCCCGCCAUCAAACCCCGCAUUCUCCCGCAUCGCACAGUCCACCCCUGCCGUAAAAUAGUGUUCACCCUGACCGCGCACGACCAAGGCUGGGGCGGAAGCCAUGGCACCCGAUCCGCCUAUGAAGGCUCCUACAGUUGGUUCGAUGCAUAUCGAAUCCCUGCCUUCCACCCACUCUCUGAUGAUAAUCAACAUCAGCCUGCAGACCUCGUAGCUCAAUACCAACAAUAUUACGAGGAACAGCGGCCCCGCUUCGAAGUAUCGGCAAAUUUCUUGCCUUCAAAGGAAACUUUGUGCUGCAAUAAGGUGGCCGUCCGUCAGGCCCAAACCCGUCGUAUCUCCUGGCAUUAUCGCGAUGCUCUGGAUCCUAAUUCCGAUGAGGCAAAGGAGAUUGGCGCGAAGCAGGGUCGGGGCCCGGGAACGACUAGUGGGCAAAUGGUAAGAGCAAUGGAGAUUGGCGACGAACUAUCCGUAUGGGCGAGGGCGAGAUUCCCAGGAUGGAUGAAUCAUGUUGAAGGAAUGAGCGUGCGAGUAUUCUGGGCCGUUUAACAAGAAACGUGCGUCUCAAAUGGUGGCUGAUGAUAUGUGGUGACUUCUUAUCGGUUUGGCAUUCCGCGUGGAUGUCUCCAAUGAUCAUUUCGAUCCCGCAAGAGUAGUAAUACAACUCGCUUUAAUGCUAUCCUUUUUACCAGUAGCUAAACUCGACACAAAUAAACUUGAUAUGUAGAUACAUGAAUGAUAAUGCAUUUGGAAUCUCAGCCCAAAA